GCGAACGGGCGAGCCAAUUAUUGUGCAGCUGUGAAACAUUAAGCCACUGUGUGCGAGCUGACCUGCGGUGGAGGUCUUGUCUAUUGUUCCUCGGUGCUCGUCGAAUGUUCGUCAUAGCUCCACUCGCGCCGUGCUUUCCGUCGUAGUGUUAAACAGUGCGACUGUUUCCGAUUGGGGCUUUCCUUCGGUGGAACAGUGCGUGCGAAAAUCAGGCGACAACACACGCAACAACAACGCAACGAGCACAGUGACUUCGAUUGCGUGUUUUGUUGUUCCUUUGUAGAGGUUUACCAGUGCGUUCAGAAAAUCCGCGGCCAUCCCGAAGGUGGCAAGAAGAAGCAACUAAUUAUCGUCACACACAGUGCGGUUGGCCAGUUUCUUCCCGUCUUGGGACGCCAGUGCCUCGCGUAUCCAGUGUCUGGGCCGUUGUUCGAUUUUCGGUAGCGAUACGCACAGCCCUCUACAGGCUUGGCACUUUGUGAAGAAGGCGCAAAAGUGUUCGGUUACGCGUACGCAUCCGGUAUCCGCUACGGAGCAGGCCAGGUGGAAAAUGCUGGCAGAAUGUCGCAUCAAACCCCCAUGCUGAGUUCGGCUAUCUCCCUCCGCAAUCCGGAGGACGAGUACGAGCUGAUCCACAAGAUCGGCUCGGGGACGUACGGCGAUGUGUACAAGGCAAAGAAGCUACAGUCGAACGAGCUGGCCGCUAUAAAAGUGAUCAAGCUCGAGCCGGGUGAUGACAUCCAGAUCAUCCAGCAGGAGAUCCUGAUGAUGCGCGACUGCCGCCACUCGAACAUCAUCUCCUACUUCGGGUCGUACAUGCGCCACGAUAAGCUAUGGAUCUGUAUGGAGUUUUGCGGCGGAGGCAGCCUCCAGGACAUCUACCAGGUUACAGGGCCGCUGACGGAGCUGCAGAUCGCGUACAUGUGCCGGGAAACGCUGCGGGGUCUCUCGUACCUGCACUCGAUGGGCAAAAUCCACCGGGACAUCAAGGGCGCGAACAUUCUGCUGACCGAGCGGGGCGAUGUGAAGCUGGCGGAUUUCGGAGUCAGUGCCCAAAUUACGGCCACCAUCAACAAGCGGAGAAGUUUCAUCGGUACUCCAUACUGGAUGGCACCGGAAGUGGCGGCCGUGGAGCGCAAGGGUGGUUACAAUCAUCUGUGCGAUAUUUGGGCAUGCGGUAUCACUGCGAUCGAACUGGCAGAACUGCAACCACCGAUGUUCGAUCUGCACCCGAUGCGGGCGCUCUUCCUGAUGUCGAAGAGUGGCUUCAAACCGCCCACCCUGAAGGAGAAGGAUCGCUGGAGUUCGAACUUUCACUCCUUCCUAAAGGUGGCCCUUACUAAGAACCCCAAAAAGCGGCCAACGGCGGAACGGCUGCUGCAGCACGCGUUCUUCCAGUCGGAGAUGUCGAUCCGGUUGCCGCAGGAGCUGCUGCAGAAGUAUCACAGUCCGCAUGCGAGCUACUACUACCAGGACACAGAAGAGGAAGGAGCCAUCGCUAACGGACCCCAGCGAAUAACGAGCCGAAUGCAUUCCUCUAGUUCCGUCUAUCAUUGCAAACCAUUGGAAAACGAGCGUUCAUCUAGUCCAGAAACACUCCCGAGUGAUAUGAGUCUAUUGCAUUAUAUAGACGAGGAGUUGAAGAUAAGGCGAACCCUACCGCUGCACGAUAACUCCUUGCUGGCCUGCGCUAGCGAUGGAAUGACUUCUUCGUCCAGCAAUGGCCAGCAGCAGCAGCAGAUGCGCACCGGAAACGGUUCCGGUGCUUCCGGUAGUAGCGGCAUUGGGGUCGGAGAUGUGAGUGGUCGAGGCGGUGGUGGGUCAAGGAUGCUCGACGAUGACGAGGACGGUAUCGUGAGCUACACCACCAGCGGUAGCAGCGGUGGUAGCGCAAUGUUGGGGGCCACAGCCUAUGACAAUAAUGGUCGCGAUGAUUCCACGUUGAGCUACGCCGAUAUGGAUCAGCUAACCGCACGGUUGGAGCAACUGAAUGCGCAAAACGGAGCAAUGGCCAGGGGUGAGUCGGAGGAACACGGUAGCAGUAGUAGUGGCAACAACGGUAGCAAGCGUCGUUCGAUGGACCAAUUGAAUGAACUGUUCAAGGAGUUGGAGAAGUCUUCCAGGCAGCGUAGUUUAAGUGAUGGCGAUGGCAACAGUGAGGGUGCGAGCGAAUCGCAGCCGGAUCUGCUGAACAACACGCCACCGGUGCCGCCAAAGCGACACCAUCGCACCCGGCGCCACACACCACCCCGGCCCGUCUCAAACGGGCUCCCCCCGACGCCAAAGGUGCACAUGGGGGCCUGCUUCUCGAAGGUAUUCAACGACUGCCCGCUGCACAUCCACUGUACCGCCUCGUGGAUCCACCCGGAGACGCGCGAUCAGCACCUGCUGAUCGGCGCGGAGGAGGGCAUCUUUAACCUGAACCUGAACGAGCUGCACGACGCGGCCAUCGAGCAGCUGUACCCGCGCCGAACCGUCUGGCUGUACGUGAUCAAGGACAUCCUGAUGUCGCUGUCCGGCAAAACCGCGCAGCUCUACCGACACGACCUGCUGGCGUUACAUUCCAAGCAAACGCACCGCUUCUCGAUGCACAUGAAGAAGAUCCCGGAGAAGCUGGUACCGCGCAAGUUCGCCCUCACCACCAAGGUGCCGGACACCAAGGGAUGCAUGCAGUGCUGCGUCACGCGCAACCCGUACAAUGGGUACAAAUACCUGUGCGGUUCCAUGGCGACCGGCAUAUUUCUGAUGCAAUGGUACGAUCCGCUAAACAAAUUCAUGUUGCUUAAGCAGUGCGAGUGGCCAUCCGGCAACAUCCAGUACUACGGUGCAAACUCGAACGUGUUCGAAAUGAUAAUCACACCGGAGCUGGAGUAUCCGAUCGUGUGCGUGAACGUCCGCAAGGGCCCGAACGAUACGCUCAAGCUGGACCUGAUCAAUACCAACAAUACAUCCAGUUGGUUUAACACGGUGGAAGAUAUGGACGGUAUGGCUACGGUCAUCAACCGGCGGGAUACUCUACGACCAAUCAAAGUGCAUCAGAUCGAAAAGGACGCAAUAUUAGUGUGUUACGAUCGGUUCGUGCAAAUCGUCGACAUUCAGGGUUUCCCAAAGCCAAGCCGCAAGCUGAUAUCACGCGUGGAAUUUAGUUUUGUAAUCGAAAGUAUAGUCUGUUUAGCUGAUAGUGUUCUAGCAUUUCACAAAUACGGCGUCCAGGGCCGCUCGUUAAGGAAUGGCGAAGUGACGCAGGAGAUUACCGACCCGAGCCGCAUCUACGAGCUUAUCGGAAGUGACAACAAAGUGGUGAUGCUGCAAAGUCGCACCAUACGCGCGGAAUCGGCAGAAGGAACAAACGAUGUCGGGCACGAUCUGUACAUACUGGCCGGGCACGAAGCGAGCUAUUAACGCCAUUCGCCACGCGGAGCCAUUCGAAGGAUUGACAUCGCUGCUAAAAAAGCGAUAGCAAAUAGCGCGUAAGAUCUUGAUCGGUUUGACUAUUUGGACGUACUUUUCUUUUGUUCCACAUUUGCUACCGUUGUAAAGAGGAAGAAAACAAAACGGGUGAAAGCGAGAGAUAAAAAAGGUAAAGGAAAGUAAUCGAUCUUAACCGAUCGUUAGUCUCAUGGUUUCCCAUGCAACAGCGACAAGUGAUUUGAUAUUGAUUUUCGUUUGUAGCGAGCUAGAUGUAAUGAAACGCGCAAACUGAAACACCCGGAACUAGCGGAUCAAAUCUCUGACUGUGGUUGCGUAGUCCCAAAAGUAUUAACACGUUAUGAUAACUCCUUUGUUUUAUUGUAUACAUUUUUGUUUUAACUUUCCGGCCCCUCCGUUCGGUAUUAUUAGUAGUUGAGGCAGAUUUGAGCAAGUUUUUUUUUUAUCUUUGUGCAUUCUACCCUGUUGAUCGGUGGCAUCGAAUGGUAGUUGAUUUGUGCAACAGAGAGUGUAAGAUUUUCUUUCUGAUUCCGUUUUACCAACAAGCAAAACAUUGUAACAAAUCUUUAGCGCGCAAGUAGAGUAACGGAAUGGCGGGAGCUAUACAUUCAAUUCGUAUUCGUAUUCGUUUAAAGGUGAUACCCCAAUUAACGCAGAAACACAAAAGUAGUAGGUUGCGAAAAGCUAAAACUACAAAACCAAACAGAACUGGAAAUAAUUUGCAAAGAAAAACAGUUUCCACUCGACACGGCCCACUAUUCUCAUACUGGACAUACACAUCGAUGCAAAAGGGCAAACAGGAUGAAAACAAGGAAGAGUAUUUCUCUAGAGUAUAUUUUUGUAACAAAAAAGGACACAUUUGCAUCCUCAUUUCUCUAUCAUCAUGCUGGAAGAACAUAACUAGAUUCCUAAAAGAUGUAAGCGAACUAGCAUCGUGGUAUUGGAAACGAUCCGGUCCGGUGGAACAACUAUUUACAACCAUAAUACAACCCGCCCUCUUCUAUUCUGAAUGUGUCUGAGAGCAGAAAGCAAUCCACCAGAGGGACAGACUCUACUACAACCAAACUAAAAAAAAACACGUUCAACUACUAAAUGCUCAGAAAUGAUAAACAUUUACUCAUAAAUACAAGGACAUAUACCGUCACCAUACACUCCGAUAUUUGCGCGUGUUCCCGUUUCCUAUACGGGGUCUUACGGGACACUGGGUGUACCUUGUGGAAACCCCGGAAAGGAGGGUAUACGGGAUCACCGAAAAAUAAACACAAACAACCCAGCAGGAAAUUCAAGAAGAAAGCAAUUAAAAUAGAAACAUAAUGUAAUCUACUAAUAAACGAUAUUUAAAAAAAAGGAUGCAGGGAGUUCAGGUUAGUAGAAUUGAUCCCUAGUAGAGCCGUGGCAACUUUACUAUCGACAAAAGGGGGAAAAAGACAUGAGACGAGAUACAAGCUACAUUCAAAUCCGACAAUGACUAAAAAGCCAGUAUGAUCAAAUGCAUAACAACAGCUUCAGUUUAGUAGGCGUAGGUUGUUUUGCGGGUCAAUCUUGAACAGCACGAACCUAGGAUGGGCAUAGGUGACUAAGAUUAUGCGUUUGUAAGUUAUUGGUUUCGGCAAACCAUAGCAUACUUUGAUUGCGUAGAACAAAGCUUUGUCUUGUGCUGUUUCGGUAGACAAUUUCGAAACAGUUCUUAUUUAAAUCGCCACAAUACGACGAGAAGAGAGACAAAAACAAGAUGAACACUAACCAAACGAUACUUUAAAGCUCGCAGCGAGCACUAGCAUAUUUCUAGUAUAUUUCGUUAUUCUUUAGUUGCCACAACAAACCGUCAGGAAAUUCCCUGUAUCGUAUAAAUACUGUUCCAAAGAAACCAUAUAUUGGUAUUCUUUUAUGUUUUUCCUUAUCACCGUUAAUACUGUUUGUUGGGAAGGAUUCUUCCAUUUUUCUCCCCCAACAUCUAUUCCAUUGUUUCCAAGCAUUCUAACAGUUCGCGGACCCCUGAGUUGCAGUUGUAUUUGUAUAGGAUUGUACGCUUCCGGAAGAUUUACUAUCCAACGUAGGUGCGGUCAUUUACGUUACGUAUUAGUUUUUCGUUCAAUCGAAGCCCAAUUCCUUCAGCACCUCCGAUCCCGCCUGGAAGUCACAACAGGUUGUGUUCUGUUGUCAGUGCAACUGUGUUUAGAUGGUUAGGUAAUACUAAGAAAUUUGAAAAAGCAAAAUUAUUUGUACACCAACCGGCGGUUGAUUGAAACGAUCGAAGAUACUAGCAUAGAAAACCCUUUUUUUGUAACUUACGAAGUUGUCCAAACCGGGCCCAUUACUGGGACGCGGACAAGGCACUGUAAAGAUAGGUGAGUCUGAAGGCGACAGAAUUAAUAAAAACCACAAAAACUAAAGUAGUAGAUUGUAUAAAGGAAAGCCACACGUUUUGUGACUAGAAGCAUGUAACAGGAAGUCGAUCGUAGCAAGCAGGGUAUACAACUGUAUGGAUGGGACAAGUUUAGACCAAGAAUUGCUGAUCCACCGCCCUUUCAGACCGUCAAGGAAUCAUUACACCGGUAAUCUGAAUCGAUGGUAUCGGCUGAGGGCGAGAAAGAAACUAACACUGGGUAAACAUGUAUUCCUGUUUAAAAUUAUAAAGAAAAAUGAUACCCUACCGGAGUGGACGGCGUGGCCAUAUUAUAGUCAGUCAGUGUGCAUGUGUAUAAGAUUCAACAGCGAACAAAGCGAUAAGCUGGAUUGGUUGGGUCGUUACGUACCAUAAAUUUAAAUCAUUUAAAUUGUAAAUCAUUGCAGAACACUACCGUGAUAUGUAAGGUAUCGGAAAUUUUUAU